UAUAGUGUGAUCAAUUCUAGUAUUCUUUGGAAGUGAAUAGAGAAGCUAAUCAUGGGAAAGUUCACAAGGGUUUGUGUCUUUUGUGGAAGCAAGUCAGGGAAUAAAAAGAUAUUCAGUGAUGCAGCCCUUGAUCUUGGAAGACAACUGGUUGAGAGGAAGAUGGAUUUAGUGUAUGGAGGAGGGAGUGUUGGAUUGAUGGGGCUUGUUUCUCAAACAGUUUAUGAUGGCGGGAGUCAUGUUUUAGGAAUUAUACCAACAGCUCUUGUACCAAUUGAGAUUUCAGGUGAAACUGUUGGAGAAGUAUUAAUUGUAUCCGAUAUGCAUGAAAGGAAGGCAGAGAUGGCUCGGAGAGCUGAUGCUUUCAUUGCUCUUCCUGGAGGGUAUGGAACCUUCGAGGAGUUGCUUGAGAUGAUAACUUGGUCUCAGCUUGGAAUCCAUAACAAGCCAGUGGGUCUGUUAAAUGUUGAUGGGUACUAUGAUAGCUUGCUUGGAUUAUUUGACAAAAGUGUAGAAGAAGGAUUUGUUAAUCCUUCUGCAAGGAACAUUGUCGUGUCUGCAAGGACUGCUAGAGAGCUAAUCCAGAGAAUGGAGGAUUAUAUACCUGUCCAUGAACAAGUGACAUCAAGUCAAAGCUGCAAUGUAGAAGAGUGCAAUGCAAAUUUUUAGUUGUUUGCUGCUCCUGAUGAUCUUCAAAGAGGAAAAAUAUUUCUUUUUUCUUUUUUAUUCCUGUGAUGCUAUCUUUACAAUUGAUUAUUUUCAUUGCGUGUGCAAGCCUCCCAAAAGUAGAGGACAUGAUGCAUAAAAAUUGUGUUGAAUAGGAUGAACUGGUAUUUGUGUAAGCGAAAACCCUGAUGUGGUUGUGGGCUAUAUUUCUCACUUCAGAAAGAGCAUAUAACUUGGAUGCGAAGUGCAA